ACAGUGGACUGACUUGCUAGAGAUAACUUUGAGUGGUUGCGAAUGCGGAUAGACGCUUUUCUGACUGCCGCAGACAAGGCACGACAAGACGAGCCAAAUGAACGCCCUCGUUUCACUUUCCAGAGAUGACAUCGCCGAAAUAAUGCAGUAUUUCGAAACCCCAUUAUCAAGAAGCAUGGAUACCGUUCACAGAAUAUUACAUUAGUUAAAAGCUGUUACCGCGAGCUCUUGUUUUCGACUGAAUUGGAGUGGAUCGUUAGCUUACCUGGCUAGCACAUCGGUUUUUAGUCCGCUCCUGGGUGCUGAUUGCCCGUGGCCGUACAGCAGAAAUGGGAAUCAUUUUCACAAAGUUAUGGAGGCUUUUUAACCACCAAGAGCACAAAGUCAUUAUUGUUGGGCUGGACAAUGCAGGAAAGACCACCAUACUUUAUCAGUUCUCUAUGAAUGAGGUGGUCCACACUUCACCAACUAUAGGAAGCAAUGUGGAAGAGAUUGUGGUCAAUAACACACAUUUCCUUAUGUGGGACAUCGGGGGACAAGAAUCACUGCGUUCCUCUUGGAACACUUACUACACUAAUACAGAGUUUGUUAUCGUUGUGGUAGACAGCACAGACAGAGAGAGAAUCUCAGUGACCAGAGAGGAGCUCUACAGGAUGUUAGCCCAUGAGGAUCUGAAAAAAGCUGGUUUGUUGAUUUUUGCCAACAAGCAAGAUGUGAAAGGUUGUUUAACUGUUGCUGAGAUUUCCCAGAGUCUACAGCUCACCUCCAUCAAAGACCAUCAGUGGCACAUCCAGGCCUGUUGUGCCCUUACUGGGGAGGGGCUCUGCCUGGGACUAGAAUGGAUGAUGUCACGGCUACGAGUAAGAUGACCUCUGACCUCAGAAAGCAGUGUGCUCUCUCUCUCUCUCUCUCCCACCGUGCGUGGAGGCCGGUUGUCGCUCACUGUGAAGUUUACUCAGUGACGUCACCAGAACUUGUUUCUUUAAUUUAUUACAGAUCAUUGAGAACUGUGAACAAACAAUCUGCAUCUAACUUACUAAAAUUUGUCAGGACUUGCAAGACUUACAAGCAUAAACUGUGUUUUUCUGCACGGAUAGAUGUUAAAAAGUUUUUUAGGGUGGUACAGACCUUGGUCUAAGAGGACUUGUCUCUAGCUGAGUGGAUCCCUGUCUGGAGUGGCCUUGCUGCUUUGCCCAACUACCUGACAUGGUGUUACCCAGUGUGUACAGUCCAGUAUUUUCAUUAACCUUGUGCCUGCACCUGACUUUCUGUCUCCCCUAGGCUGAGGAGACAAGAUGCCAUGCAAGGGGAGGCAGCACUCAUGUAAAAUACAAAUAAAUAGUGUUUUUAUCUGUCA